AUGGGGGCCUCCUCCCAGCUCGCCGCCAUCCCGGCGCUGCUGUUGCUGCUCCUCAUGGCAUCCGCGCCCGCACCGGCAGCAGCAGUGAGCCCCUCCAAGCGCCCCACCCAUCAGCCUCCCUCUUUCCCCGCAGGAAUCUCUACCCUGCGGCAGCGGGCUGCAAGCUCGAGCGGCGGGUACGCCACUGCGGCGAAUCCGUACACGGCGCACUACUUCCCGCAGGAGCUGGACCACUUCACCUUCACGCCCAACUCCUCCCGCGUCUUCUCCCAGAAGUACCUCCUCAACGACACCUUCUGGCGGCGGAAGCCCACCGUCGGGCCGCUGUUCGUGUACAUGGGUGGCGAGGCCGACAUCGAGUGGUUGGCCACCACCACCGGCUUCAUGUUCGACAUCGCGCCAGAGUUCGGGGCUCUCAUCGUCUUCAUCGAGCAUCGGUUCUACGGGGAGUCAAAGCCGUUUGGCAAUGACUCGUACAAGUCAGUUGACAUGCUGGGCUACCUGACGUCCACACAGGCGCUCGCCGACUUUGCCAUCCUCAUCACGAGCCUUAAGCAGAACAUGUCCAUUGUUGACGCCCCCGUCGUCGUCUUCGGCGGCUCUUACGGUGGCAUGUUGGCUUCAUGGUUCAGGUUAAAGUAUCCCCAUGUUGCCAUCGGAGCCCUGGCGUCUUCUGCACCCAUCCUGCACUUCGAUGACAUCACCCCGUGGUCAAGCUUCCAUGAUACCGUCUCACGGGACUUCAAGUCCGAGAGCCUGAAUUGCUUCAGUGUCAUCAAGGCAGUCUGGGAUGUGCUAGAUAACAGGGGAUCCAACGAUACAGGGCUCUUGGAGCUCAGCAAAACCUUCAGGGCCUGCAAGACCGUGCAGUUCAUUUAUUCGCUGAGCAGCUGGCUACAGACAGCGUUCAUCCACACAGCCACGAUGGACUAUCCAACCCCAGCAAAUUUCUUAAUGAAUCUGCCUGCUUACCCAGUCAAGGAGAUGUGCAAGAUCAUUGAUUCUUUUCCUGCGGGAGCAGACGUCAUCGACAAGGCUUUCGCUGCGGCAAGCUUGUACUACAAUUACACAGGCGACAAGAAAUGCUUCCAGGUGGAGGGUGGCGAUGACCCUCAUGGCUUCAAAGGAUGGGGCUGGCAGGCCUGCACAGAGAUGGUCAUGCCAAUGACGGUGUCGAACGAGAGCAUGUUCCGACCAUCCAGCUUCAGUUACGAGAAGAUGUCCGAGAGCUGCCUUGCGGGCUACAGAGUUCGUCCAAGGAUGCACUGGAUCACUUCUGAAUAUGGUGGCCAUAAAAUUGACAAGGUUCUCAAGAGGUUUGGGAGCAACAUCAUCUUCUCCAACGGGAUGCGAGACCCGUGGAGUGGAGGCGGGGUACUCAAGAACAUAUCAUCCAGCAUCAUUGCUCUUGUCACGGAGAAAGGUCAAAAGGGUUUGGACUUGAGAUCUGCAACCAAGGAUGAUCCAGACUGGAUUGUAGAACAAAGGAGACAGGAAACUGAGAUCAUACAUGGAUGGAUAGAUCAGUAUAACAAGGACAUUGCACAGACGUAG